AUGGGUCUGAACAUCCAGGGUGAAAUGGCUGAGGAGUCCUACCUAUCCCCAUCCACUCUGACAUCCACCUUUGAACCAAACACCACUCCUCUUGCCACCCUCCUCCACUCACUCCUCCUCACUCCUCCUCACUCCUCCUCACUCCUCACGUCACCUCCACCCUUCCGUCCCUCUCCUACCCUACCUCCGUCCACUCUGAUAUUCACCUUCGGACCUGACAUCAUUCCUCCUCUUACCCCUCCUUCUCGUUCCUCUCCUCACUCCUCUCCUUCUGUCCCUCUUCUGCCAAAUCUCCACCAAGUUACGACCUUCCACUGCUGCCCUGUACCCUGUACUCAGACACCGCUCAUACCAUCGCUCCGAGAUUCUGUCAUAGUUCUGACCUCAGACUUUGACUCCACCUUGGCUUAA